CCGCUGCGGCGCAACGUCAGCUGAUCUGGGAGUCGCGCUGCUUGCCGGCUGGUGGGGGUUCUCGGGUCCCGCACCUCCGUCGCAGCCAUGUCGUUCUUCCCGGAGCUUUACUUCAACGUGGACAAUGGCUACUUGGAGGGACUGGUGCGCGGCCUGAAAGCCGGGGUGCUCAGCCAGGCGGACUACCUCAACCUGGUGCAGUGCGAGACGCUGGAGGACCUGAAGCUGCACCUGCAGAGCACUGACUAUGGCAAUUUCCUGGCCAAUGAGGCUUCCCCGCUGACAGUGUCAGUCAUCGAUGACCGGCUCAAGGAGAAGAUGGUGGUGGAGUUCCGUCACAUGAGGAACCAUGCUUAUGAGCCACUUGCCAGUUUCCUGGACUUCAUCACUUACAGCUACAUGAUUGACAAUGUGAUCCUGCUCAUCACGGGCACCCUGCACCAACGCUCGAUUGCUGAGCUUGUGCCCAAAUGCCACCCACUGGGCAGCUUUGAGCAGAUGGAGGCUGUGAACAUCGCACAGACACCUGCUGAGCUCUACAAUGCCAUUCUGGUGGACACACCCCUGGCGGCUUUUUUUCAAGACUGCAUCUCAGAACAAGACCUUGAUGAAAUGAACAUUGAGAUCAUCCGCAAUACACUCUAUAAGGCCUACUUGGAGUCCUUCUACAAGUUCUGCACUCUGCUGGGGGGGACCACAGCUGAUGCCAUGUGUCCCAUCCUGGAGUUUGAAGCAGACCGCCGCGCCUUCAUCAUCACCAUCAAUUCCUUCGGCACAGAGCUCUCCAAGGAGGACCGUGCCAAGCUCUUUCCACACUGCGGGCGGCUCUACCCUGAGGGCCUGGCCCAGCUGGCUCGGGCUGAUGACUAUGAACAAGUCAAGAAUGUGGCUGACUACUACCCGGAGUACAAGCUGCUGUUUGAGGGUGCAGGCAGCAACCCUGGGGACAAGACCCUGGAGGAUCGAUUCUUUGAACACGAGGUGAAACUGAACAAGUUGGCCUUCCUGAACCAGUUCCAUUUUGGUGUCUUCUAUGCUUUUGUGAAGCUCAAGGAACAGGAGUGUCGCAAUAUCGUGUGGAUUGCCGAGUGCAUCGCCCAGCGCCACCGCGCCAAGAUCGACAACUAUAUCCCCAUCUUCUAGCACCCUGGCCUGAGGCUCCCUGGUGUGUGUGUGCUGUGUGCACUGUGACAGAGCCCACAGCUCGUUGCUGUCCUGGGGGUGGCACACUGUCCAAGCAACUGCCUGGUUUCCCUAACACUCUUGGAGACUGCUCCAGAAGGGACUGGGCACUUGUCUCUCCCCCCACUGCCCCUCCCUCUACCCCAAGGAUGGACCAAACCCCACCUCCAGAGUAAGCAGGUCCCCUCAACCCUAUGUUUACAGCCAUUGACAUGUCUGAGAAGCAUGUGGUCACUUCCAUGUCCCACUUAACCUAAGAUCCCCUGGGUGGGCAGUGUGAGCCUCUUCCCUCUGUGAGCCACUCCCAGAGCCAUGGCCCAGGAGGAUUGUGUGUGUCUGCGGUCUGCGUGUGUGUGUGUCUCUCUGUGUAUCUCUGUGUGUGUGUGUGUGUGUGUGUGUGUGUGUAUCCUUAGUGUGGGGUGUGUGUGUGUAUCCUUUGUGUGGGGGGUGUGUGUGUGUGUAUCCUUUGUGUGGGGGGAGUAGUUCUGCAAGCACCACCCUCAUCUCUGCCCCUCAGAUAAUAAACUGCCCUCUCUAAACCUA